UUUCAUUACGGGGUGUUUGUAACAUUUCGUUACGACGUGCUUGAAUGCCCUGUAUAUCUUUGAUUUCAAAUCUUUGUACAUAUACAGGACAACCCCUGUAGUUAGCAGUGUGAUUUCAUCCACAAUUGCUGCAUUUCUUUUUAAUCCUCUUUUUUAAGAGUACAUUUUGAAGUAGGAUAUAGAUUACCACACAGACACCGCGUAGAGUGCAAUAUGCUUUCGUGUGUCCAUACUCUUUGCAGUCUGUACAUUGUACUGGACCAUUUCUCUUAUGUGGUUCCUCAACAAUGAUUCUGCGAUGGAGCAGAUAUUUUAAAUUAUAAAACAGGUGUAUUUAAUUUUUCUUUGGUUGCUUAGAAUUUGACAUCAAAUCUAUUUUGAACAUUGGUUAAAAAUAUUUACUACUGGUUUAACCCUUUCAGACCGUGAUGCAUCAAUUGUGCGGUCAAGUUUCAAUGUCAAGAUCUCUACUAUUUAUGCACGUAUGUUAAAAAGGCCGAAAUGCAUCGAUUGUGCUGAUUAUUGUGUAUCUUUUCUUUUUGCACUGUUUCGCUAUUCGGUUUACCGUUAUCCACGUGGUGAUGAAAUUCUUAAGUCGUAUUUCGAUUUUUUCAAAGAGAGCUGCGGCAGUAAGUUGUAUUUAAUAUUAUUAAAAUAUUAUUAGUGAAAAAAUAGUGAAGAGUGCACAUUAUAACUAAAAAAAAUAGUAAGUUCUAAUAUUUAAAAUGAAUAGGAGUGAUUCAAUGCAAAGUAAGUAUGUUUUAGCCGUACUUUUCAACAAGUGCAUCAAUUGUGCGUAUCAGGUCUUAAGUAACUAAACACAAGUGCUUUUUAUUGCAUUUCAUUUCAAAUAAAUGCUUACAGAUGAUGAUAUUUUGGCAGUGCUAGAGGCCUCAGACGCCCCCGAUUUUAGCAGCGAUGAUGAAGAACGAGACAAAAAUUAUGAGCCAUCGGACAGCACCGACAAUGAAGGCGAGGAAGAAGCAGAUAUUGAAAGAAACGUAGGUGCAGUGCUUCCUGAGUUAGGUCACGAAGAAAAUAAUGAACCGAGUUCAAGUCGUCGACCGAUUUGGAGAAGGAAAUCUUUUUGCCAACCAAUUAUCGAUAUGCCUGUUGCAGAGGAAGUUGUAAGUCGAAAAAUUGUAGACUAUGCAGUAGAUACGCCCACACCUCUAGAAUAUUUCGCUAAAUAUUUUGAUAACGUAUUUUUCGAAAAUGCGGCUAAUUGCACUAAUAGAUACGAAUUUGCGAAUGCAGGUGGCAUGUUAAAAACAACCACUAAGGAAAUCAAAAACUUUUUUGGAAUGCACAUUGCAAUGGGUUGCAUUCACUUUCCUAGAAUUCGAAUGUAUUGUUAGAACAAAUAUAAAAUUCCACUGGUAGCGGAAACAAUGACUCGCGACAGAUUUUUUAAGUUAAGAGAAGCAUUCCACGUCGUUUUUCCAAGAGACGUUCCUGAAACCCAAAGAAGACUCAAUAUUUUUUGGAGAGUGCAACCAAUUAUUGAUGCAGUGCGGAAUGUUGUUUAAAAAUUCCAAGAAAAAGGGGGGAGCAUAUUCCAUAGACGAACAAAUGAUACCCUUUACUGGUCGUUGUCCAGUUCGUCAAAGUUUGCCUAACAAACCAAGAGGCGUUGGAUUGAAAAACGAAGUAUUGACCACAUCAGAUGGACUUGUUCUCGAUUUCGAGAUUUAUCAAGGCAAGACAACACCUCUACCAGAGGAAAAUAUUGGAAUCGGUCCCGCGUUUGCUUUGCGUCUGACACAAACCUUACCAAAAGGGUCAAAAGUAUUUUUUGACAGAUACUUUACUACUUUGCCGCUGUUAGAAAAGCUUCUGGAAAAUGGA